AAAAGUUAUUCUGACAAAGACUUUUAUGUUUGCCGGAUGUUUCGUCAUAACCGGAAGUGGACGCUGUGUGAAGCGUUUCGCGCGAGAUCCCAAAGCAGUGUCCGGUGUUUACAGCUUUCAGUUGGAGUCAUGUUCUCAGACGUUAUGGUGCAGAAGGAGACAUUGCUGCGUCCCCCGAGCUCAGAGAAUCCUCUGUUUGAGCGAGAGGAAGCUUCUUACUCAAGCUGUUCGGAGUGUUUCCAUCUCGGCGAGCGCAGCUUCAGCCGUCAGUACGCUCACAUCUACGCCUCACGCCUCAUGCAGAUGCGGCAGAUUCUGAGCGACAGGGCGCAGCAGAAAUGGGGUCUGGAGGUGCCGAUCAGGAAGCUGUGUGAUCUGCAGACUGGAGACAGGUGUGUGAUCGUAGGAACGUUGUUCAAAAGCAUGGAGCUUCAGCCAUCCAUCCUGAAGGAGAUCAGCGAGGAGCACAACCUGCUCCCUCAGCCUCCUCGUACCAAAUACAUCAGCCAAUCAGACGAGCUCAUUCUGGAGGACGAGCUGCAGAGGAUCAAGCUGGAGGGGAAAAUCCAAACCGCCAAGUUUGUUACCGGAAGCGUGAUCGCUGUCCUGGGUGCUGAGAAAAACGACGGGAAGUUCACGGUGGAGGAUUUCUGUCUGGCUGAUCUCCCGCCUCAGACGCCCCCAGAGCCUUUAAAGGCAGACAGGUUCGUGCUCCUGGCCUCGGGUCUGGGUCUGGGCGGGAACGGAGCAGAGAGCAUGCUGGGAUUGCAGCUGCUGGUGGACAUGGUGUCGGGUCACCUGGGCGACGUCGGGGAGCAGAGCGGUGCGGCGUCCAUCUCUCGCAUCCUGCUGGCCGGGAACCUGCUGAGCCGGAGCACGCAGGAUAAAGACUCCAGCACGAAGGCGAAGUAUCUGACGAAGAAGACUCAGGCAGGAAGUGUGGAGGCCAUCAGGCUUCUGGAUGAGCUGCUGGUUCAGCUGGUGGCCUCUGUCGCAGUAGACGUGAUGCCGGGAGAGUUUGACCCCACUAACUACACCUUGCCCCAGCAGCCCCUGCACACCUGCAUGUUCCCUCUGUGCAGCUCAUACCGAACCCUGCAGCUCGUCACUAACCCGUACAGGGCCACGGUGGAUGGAGUAUGUUUCCUGGGGACAUCAGGGCAGAACGUUAGUGAUAUUGUGAAGUACAGCAGCGUGGACGAUCACCUGGAGAUCCUUGAGAACACACUGCGACUCAGACACAUCGCUCCUACAGCGCCGGAUACACUGGGUUGUUACCCUUUCUACCAGAAGGACCCGUUCAUCCUGAGCGAGUGUCCUCACGUGUACUUCAGUGGAAACGCGCCGAGCUACCAGUCCAAACGAGUCACAGGUCCUGAAGGUCAGGAGGUGCUGCUGGUGACAGUCCCAGAAUUCAGCAGUACGCAGACGGCCUGUCUGGUGAACCUACGCACGCUCGAUUGCGAGCCAAUCAGAUUCACCACCUUUUCUGCCGAGGACGACGAAGAGAACGAGAUGAACAUCAGCCAUUAAACAUACACAGUGCAACUAAAUGUGAGGGAUUUUUUUUCUAGAGAAACCUUUGAGAAUGAGUAGGAGGUGAAGCCUUCACUGAUGUGACAUCAGGCAAGAAAUGUGUUCGUAAUUAAGGAUAUAAAUACACCUCUUGACACGUGUUUUGAGUGUCAGGAAAUGGAUUUUAAACAUCACAAGUUUCUGUGUUGAAAGCAUUAGUGUGGUAAACAAGGUCAAACUCCAUAAAUCCAUAAACAAGCUUUUAUUGGGUGAAACAAAGUUCUUUCGACCUCGAGGUCUCUGUAAGAGAAACGUCCUGUAGACAUUGUGCAGUGCUGACAGAGAUGCUUAUUUGUGUGACAGAAGUGUAAAUAAAGUCACUUUUUUUGUA